UUACUUCUUCUAAAUAAACUAAGAUAUUUCUGGCCCCUUCUCUCUGCUUUUUCCUCUGCUUUUUUUCUCCCAUUCAUCAUUCUCUCUUUGGCUCAUUCUCCCAGAAAAACAUUCUCUUCAUCCGCCAUUAACGCUCGCCGCAUCACAAACUUGCAAUCCACACAUAAUCAACAACUUGCAGCAAUAUUUAUUUUGAUCUUCCAAUAGUCAAAGAGGUUGGAGGAUCAGAUCUAGGAUUAUUUUUGUUGUGUUGAAGUUAUGUCGUUUACAGGGACUCAACAGAAAUGCAAGGCUUGUGAAAAGACUGUUUACCCAGUUGAGCUUUUGUCAGCUGAUGGGAUUAGUUAUCACAAAUCUUGCUUCAAAUGUACCCAUUGUAAAGGAACUCUCAAGCUGAGCAGUUACUCCUCAAUGGAAGGUGUUCUGUAUUGCAAGCCUCAUUUUGAACAGCUCUACAAGGAGUCUGGCAACUUCAAUAAGAACUUUCAAUCUCCUGUGAAGUCAGCUGAGAAGUUAACUCCAAUGCUGACAAAAUCUCCAAGCAAAGCUGCCGGCAUGUUUUCUGGGACACAGGAAAAAUGUGCCACCUGCGGUAAAACAGCUUAUCCACUUGAGAAGGUGACAGUGGAGAACCAAAGUUAUCACAAGUCGUGUUUCAAGUGUUCUCAUGGUGGGUGCUCUUUAAAUCCUUCGAAUUAUGCUGCCCUCGAUGGGAUUUUGUACUGCAAACCUCAUUUUUCACAGCUUUUCAAGGAGAAAGGCAGCUACAAUCAUUUAAUCAAGUCUGCUUCAAUGAAGCGUCCAGCAGCAACUGUUCCAGAUUCUUAAACUGUAUCUCCGUCAACUAUUUUAUCCAGGGAGCUUGGUCUUUUAAUAUUUGUUUUCUUCUUCUUUUCCGUAUAUCUCCAAUUGGUGUGCCAUUUUGGUUUACUGUGUGAUCUGAUUUCCACAACUGUGAAAACUUAUCCUUUCGUUGUUGUUGUUCCUUUAACUUUCGGAUGUUAAAUGUUCCUGCUGUUUUAUCAUGACCUUUGGCGGGAAAGUUGUGCAGUUCUUACGAGUGUUGUUACAUGA